CAAUUUACCUACAGCAUUGUCAAGGACCACCAUUCUUCAAUUCCACCGUUCUAGCACAUUCUGCAAGACACAGGCAAUGACAUCUCGUUGGAGAUUUCAGGAAGGAAGAAUUUGCAAGAAUGCUUUAUGCAAACACUUAGACUAGUCAUUUUAUCAGCAAGAGUCAGCACUCUCGUUUGUUCUGCCUCGUGAAGCCGCAAAUCAUAAGAGAACUUGCACAGGGCUUUCAGAGAUUGUUUUACAUGACUAGCAUAACUCUUGAGAGAAGAGGGCCAGAACAGGGAAGUGACUUGCCCAAAAGCGAACAGACUGGUCGGUGGCAGAGCUGGGACUGAAAGUUGGGCCUUCUAAAACAGGGCUCCUCUUUUUACUUCUCUACAGAGAGACUUCAGAGCUUCACAUCACUCGGAUUCGGGCGACUUUACUUUGCUUCGUGGGAACCUCAUCAAGAGCUGGAGGUCAGCACCGUACGAGGAGGUAGUGACCUGUCCAGGGGUGAAACUGGGGAAGAGCCGAGCUUGUGUAUCAGGGAAACAUGUCCCGUAGGAAACAGACAAACCCAAAUAAAGUUCACUGGGAUCAAGUAUUUGCUGGGUUAGAAGAACAAGCCCGACAGGCAAUGAUGAAAACCGAUUUUCCUGGAGACCUUGGCAGCCAGCGACAAGCCAUCCAACAACUACGAGAUCAGGACUCCAGUAGCAGUGACAGUGAAGGUGACGAAGAGGAGACCACACAAGAUGAAGUAUCUUCCCACACAUCAGAGGAAGAUGGUGGGGUAGUCAAAGUGGAAAAGGAAUUAGAGACUACGGAAGCACCUGUCAGUAGUGGGGACGCACUAGCAGAGCGCGAGGUCACAGAAAACCUAAAUUCUGACCCCUUACUUGAACUCUGCCAGUGUCCCCUCUGCCAGCUAGACUGUGGGAGUCGGGAGCAGCUGAUUGCACAUGUGUACCAGCAUACUGCAGCAGUGGUGAGUGCCAAGAGUUACAUGUGUCCUGUCUGUGGACGGGCCCUUAGCUCCCCAGGGUCUUUGGGUCGCCACCUUCUAAUCCAUUCAGAAGAUCAGCGGUCUAACUGUGCUGUGUGUGGAGCCCGUUUUACUAGCCAUGCCACUUUUAACAGUGAGAAACUCCCUCAAGUACUUAAUAUGGAAUCCGUACCCCAAGUCCACAGUGAAGGUCCCUCCAGUGCUGAAGGAAAGGACAUUGCCUGUAGUCCUCCAGUAUACCCUGCUGGAAUUCUGCUUGUUUGCAACAACUGUGCUGCUUACCGCAAGCUACUGGAAACACAGACUCCCAGCGUACGCAAGUGGGCCCUUCGGCGACAGAAUGAACCUUUGGAAGUAAGGCUGCAACGACUUGAACGAGAACGCACAGCCAAGAAGAGUCGUCGAGACAAUGAGACCCCAGAGGAGAGGGAGGUAAGACGCAUGAGGGAUCGUGAAGCCAAGCGCCUGCAGCGCAUGCAAGAGACAGAUGAGCAGCGAGCUCGCAGGCUGCAGCGAGACCGGGAGGCCAUGAGGCUGAAGCGGGCCAAUGAAACCCCAGAGAAGCGGCAGGCCCGACUCAUUCGAGAGCGAGAGGCUAAGAGGCUCAAGAGGAGACUGGAGAAAAUGGACAUGAUGUUGCGAGCUCAGUUUGGUCAGGACCCUUCUGCCAUGGCAGCCUUAGCAGCCGAAAUGAACUUCUUCCAGUUGCCUGUGAGUGGGGUAGAGUUGGACAGCCAGCUUCUAGGGAAAAUGGCCUUUGAAGAACAGAACAACAGCUCUCUGCACUGAACCACGCCCUCUUGCCUGACCCCCCAUCCACUCCAGCCCUCGGGGAUUGGUGCUGCAGUCACUCAGGAGGCCACAGUCCUUGCUGCCACAGGCAGGUCCGGGUUGGUUGCAGGGAAACCUGUGCACCCUCUGCAUUUGGGAACAGGAUGAGGUCAGGAGGGGACCUGGCUCAAUGCAGUUCUAGACAAGGGAGCAGGCACUCCAGAAACCUGGACUCUUCAGCCCACGGUGGCAGGCCAGGACUAUGGGACUGUGGGACCCAGUAUGGUCCAUGAAGCUGUGAGGGCAAAUAAAUUAAUUUUAUCUUUACUGGC